AUGUACCCACCUACCCACAUCAUCGAUCCUGACGGGGAAGUGAUGAUACUAUUGCGCGACGCAAACAGUGAAUUUGCUCAGCCGUACGAUAUGACUGUUUUUGACUCGUCAUCUGAAGACGAACGGAGGAUUUCUGGCAUCAAAGAGUCUCCCUUUGAAAAGCUUCCCGACGAAACUCCCGAAUUCCGUAUCCAAGUAUCGGCCAAACAUUUGAUGUUUGCCUCCCCUGUCUUCAAAAAGUUACUGACUGGUCACUUCAAAGAGAGCGUGACCUAUUGGCAAGAAGGCUCUGUUGAAAUCACUGCAGAAUCCUGGGACCUUGAGGCCUUUAUGAUCGUUCUCCGAGCUAUUCAUGGUCUUCACGCUGAGAUACCUCAAGAGCUGAGCCUUGAGAUGGUCGCCAAAGUCGCUGUGAUCGCAGACUAUUAUGACUGCAAGGCAGUUCUCUAUCUCAUGACGGAUAUGUGGCUCAAUAGUAUGGAAAAGAUCAACUACGAGGAAGUCAAACUCUCGAUGGCUGUUGUCCGGGAUUUGAUUAUCUGGCUGUGGAUUUCUUGGACGUUUCAACUGUCAUCGAAAUUCAAAGAAACAACGUCGAUUGCCAUGUCGCGUAGCUUUGGCUUGAUCGACAGUUUGGGACUUCCGAUCCCCCACGCCGUGAUAGAAUCAAUGAACAAAAUCCGACAGGGCGCCAUUAACGAACUGCUCAUUCUUUUCCAUGAAACACGCGAUGAAUUUUUACACGGUAUUCGCGGCUGCUGUUUUUGUUGUCGCACAAUGCUGUAUGGGGCUCUAACUUUUGGGAUGCGUUCAGCUUCUUUGACUUUGCCAAAGCCCGAGACGCCCUUUACAGAGUUGAGCUACUAUGAUCUGGUGCGCAGGAUCGAGCAAUUCCAUAUACCAUCGUUUGACCACGGAGGAGGUUCCUCUGACGAUGAAGAAACUUCCUCUUCUGAGCACGGAGAGAUUUCCCCUGAGCCGGAGCAGGAGAUACCACUAACCCCCAACUACUUUGGAGGUGCUUGUCCUUUCCAUGAGGAAGAUUGCGUUGGCGACCUGAAAAAACUCAUGACCGGGCGUAGCGGUUACCUUGAGGGCUUGGCACGCGAGGACUUCCCCAUUUCGUAA